GACAAAUUUAAACGUGACGGUUUCACAAUGACGAAAUUUUGGGGGGAACUUCACAGAUUUCUACGAAAUAAUAUUCUCUUCCGGGGUCUAUAUUACGUUUAUAAGAGUUAGAUGUGAUACGAUAUUAAUUGUUACUCUCGUUAACGUAUACAAGUACGGAACUCAAGAAGUUUGGUACGGGAAGCAAAGUUGCAAAUUUGUGAUGGCGGAUGGUAUGCCAUACUUCAAGUCACAUAAAACUCCAGUUGAGAACUCCGAGGAGAGCUUGGAGGAUAUCGAAAAGCAGGCAUGUUUACUGUUUGAAGAGUUCUUAAGAAUUACAGAACCCGCAAGUUCAGCUGGUCGGCUUCGGCAUGCAAAGUCUGAGCACUCGGACUCUCCAGUCGUACGUAGUCUGAAGAAAUCAGUUGGAGGUAAGAGCUUUUGCGACUCAUCUUUUUCCUGCUUUUUCGAAAGUCUGUUAAGGGUUAGUUCAAGCUGGGUGAGAUCGUAGAACUUAAUAACGUGAGUCUUUGCUAGUUAUAUUAUGUGGGAUGUUUUUUCCGCGUAGAAGCACGGGUCACCUCAAAGACCUCGUCCUCACGUAAGGAUUGCCCGAAAGUGUAAACCAUUGACCUAAUUUUGUCGAGAUCGAGAACACAAUGCUUCCUCGAGAUAAUGCUUUACUUAAGAAAGAGAAAGAGCCAGCCAAAGAAAAGCGUAUCUUACGAUUUUAGCGGGAAAAACUAAAAAAUGAAACAUUUUAAAUUACAUUUGCAUGCCAUAUUUGAAUAAUAAUUAUUCAAUAUGUAUGUGCAUGAUCAAGGACUUGUUCUUCAGUUUAGAUAUGGGGAGCGGGGAUGAGUAGGUGGCUGUUUACAGCGGGGGGUGCAAUCCUCAAAAGCUGUCGUAAAUGGGGGCAACAUUUCGCUAUGAUGGCAAAAUCGGGUUACAGUUUUCACUUUUGUGUAUUAACAGCUAGAUUUACGCUGUAAGAUCCUAACAUGAAUUGAUAGACCUUUUUACCGAUACGGCGGCCAUAUUGAAUUAAUUCGAUUUAAGGAGUAUUAUAGGAUGCCCAGGGGGCAUGAGCACAGUUCAUUUGUAUUUUCGAGCGCUUUUCGGGACAUUUUUUUGUAAAGUUUUCGUAGAAUAAGAUUGUAAUGGGAAAAAAGAUCCUUGUGCCGUGUUUGGAUGUAAUAAUGAUCGCCUUUUUCCUGAGAAAUAUACAGUGAAAGACCAUAUUUCUAAUACUAAACUAGAAAAAGGCGAUCAUUAUUACAUCCAAACACGACACAAGGAUCUUUUUUCCCAUUACAAUCUUAUUCUAAGAAAACUUUAAGAAAAAAUGUCCCGAAAAGCGCUCGAAAAUAUAAACGAAAUGUGCUUAUGCCCCUUGGGCAUCCUAUAAUACUCCUUAAAUCGAAUUAAUUCAAUAUGGCCGCUGUAUUGGUCUAAAGGUCUAUUUUUCAAACACUGACCCUAUGAAUAGAUCCUUUCACAGUUUUUUCAACUUUUGACAUGUAGCAGUGAGAGAAAAUCUGUGACACAUUGGAAAGAGUGCUUUAAUAUCAGUAAACUUGCCAAGUUUGAAAGUGGUGGGCCUUAACCCUUUAAGCCCCGAGAGUGAUCAGUGUCAAAGUUCUCCUUGUAAUAUCAAGGCUUUGUAAAACAGAGUAGUAAUGAGAAUUACAGACAUGAUCACACAAGAUGCAUUUGCUUGAUAUUUUAUCAACUUCUCCCGACUUCUUCUGUAGGAAAUGAAUAGGGGCUAAAAAUGAGAAUUCAAAUAUUGAUCUUAGGGUUUAAAGGGUUACGCAAAGAUAUUGCUCCACAAAGUUGCAAAAAUUCACAGACAUUUGUAUGGUGCCCCCCACAUCAUAUCUCGGUGAGCAUUCGGAAGUCAGCCAAGCGCGGUCAUAGCACGCGUGCUGAACAAGAAUGCUGUAUCAUGACAGACUAGAAACAACAGAAAACUCUUAAAGGCACAAACUCAGCCAACACGCUAAAAAUCUUCAAUGUUUACUCAAGUUUAGGCUUAUAGACGAUAAUGUCACUGUUUUUCAAUGACCAUGAAAUUCAGAAUCCAAAUAGUUAGUUAAUCAAUUGUGGCUCUGAAAAAAUUUGAAGGAAAAAAAACUACAAAUUUUUAAGAAAAUGCUUUUUUCGUGAGAAGGACUCUUAAAAGCUGACAGAUUCAACAAAUAGCUAAAACUAUAAUUUCUGUAUGUUUGCAUUGCUCGAAAUCCCGCACAUUUACAAGGCUCUAAAGGUUUCUGCUGACUUGCAAGGACCCAUCUGUUAUAAAGAUCCCCAAAAUAAAGGGAUAAAUCUCAUAGUUUAUUAGAUAUAAUCGUGUAAAGUUUGCUUACCAUUUUUGCAUAAAUUAUGGCCUUAAUUUUUAAACUGCUGAAUUUUUCGCAUUGGAUCUUUGCGAUUUUGGUGAACAUCUGUUCAACGCAAGGCACUAAUACCCACUAUAUGUAGCCGAGAGAUUUUCACGAAAAAAUGCUGGCAACAGCAGAAUUUCGAUUCAGACCCCAAAGAGGCGUGGCACUAUAACCACGUGACAUUUACUCCGAUCGCCAAAAAUUUUAUGCUGUAUUGUAGAUUGAUCUAUAUGUUAUCCAUGCUAUACGUUAGACUUAGGAUCAAAGUAAAGGUGGGGAUACCAGAGAGCUUCAAAGUAGGAUGGUACCCUCACAAAAUAACUGGGUUGAGUCACCUUAAGGUAGCCCCAAAACAUUUUUGAUGGGUAGCAUUGAUUACAGUUCAUCUGUAUUUUGAAUUUCCCCCCCCCAAAAAACACUUGCCCUUUGGGCAAGUUAAGAACUGUCAGGAUUCACUGGCCUGAUUGCAAAAUCCACAAGCCCCAGGCUACCAGACAUGACUUUCUUUGCACACUGGUUACAGGUCAAAAUUAUUUUCAGGUUAGAAUCUUUUAACCUAGGUUGAUUCUCAAUUUCUUUUGUCUCUUGGUCCUUAAUAUUCAUGAAUUAGGGCUAGGAUUCAAAAGAAAUUGACAAUCAACCUGGGUUAAAAAUUUAACUUUGACCUGUAACAGGUAUUUGGUUUAAAAGGGUUAAAAGUGAUAGUGACGAUCCUGCCAUAACUUGUUGGUCCCACUUGGAUUGAAGAAGUAAAGGAUCUUCAUCUGUUGCAAAUCAAAUGAAUACAGUAAUACAUAAAAUCAGGUGAUUUGUUGUUGCUCUUAUAAAGGAGAUUGAAAAUUUGGAUGGACUAGGUUUCACAUUUUGUGACAAUUUUUAAAAUUAAUUUGCUAAUAUUGCUAUAAAAUGCUGUAAGUUGUAAAGGGUGAAAAAAAUUAGUUUAUUGUCUGUUGUUUUUUUGAAGAUUCUGUGUUAUAUCAAAGUGUCUGUCAAAUAGUGUUCGUGUUUCAAAACAAUAAACAACAGCACUUGAUCUUAAGUGUUUUUAAUGCAGGAAAAUACACAUUAUUUUAAACAGUAAACAACAACAUUUUGUAAGAAUCUUUUAUACAAGAAAAUAUAAUGUUGUGGUUCAAUUUUAUCCUUGGUUCAAAUUUUCUUUUCUUUUGUUUUUGGGUAUGGUAAUGUAUGAUAAUAACAUGAUAAUGAGUUUGAAACAAAAGAAAAGAAAAUUUGAACCAAGGAUAAAACUGAACCACAACAUAAACUUUUGAAGUUAUAUUAGUUUCAGCAGACGUUAUAGCCACCUUUUCUCCUUUGCUUUGUAACAAAUUUUCAAGAUUGUCCCCUAGUUAACUUGAACUUGACAUCUUGGAGAGUUAUGAAGAUCUUUAGGAAAGGUGUGGUCAUGUUAUUUUACAUAUCUUUGUUGGGGAUCAUUUUCAUGGUGAUUUGAUAGAACUGGAGAUAUUUAUGCAUAAUUAUAAGUAUUAAUUUUAAUAAAACAGAGGCAUUGAUUAAACUUUUUUCAUAGUCAGAUAGCAAAAUUUGUAAUCUGUAACUUUGAAAAAUUUCAAUGUUUAAAUUGGUUUAUUUUUGUACAGCAAACACUGUAUAAACCUAUUACAUGUACACCAGUAACAUUUUAUUACAAAACCAUGACUCAAAAAAGAAAGAAAAGUAAAGAAUUUAGGACAGUCAAAAAAAAUCUCAAACUUGAUAUGUCAAAAAUGCAGUAAAGAGUAAGAAAUGUAAAGUUUAAUAUACUUUUUAACUUAUAAAACGUGUGCUAAAACUCUUAUUGUAAAGCCCUUGACUGUGUGAAAUAUCCUGCAUAACGCUUACGGUAAAUACAGUUAUCUAAUUACACAUUUACUACAUUAUUUUAUUAACAAUCAAUUCAUGGAGCUUUUAGUACAAGUGUAUCUGCUAUUCAUCCUGUUGAGGACCUUAUCACAUGAAUGGCAGUCUGUAACUACAAGAAAACACACAUCUGGUCAGAGGAUGAUUACAUAAUAGCUACUAGGUAGUUUGCUGUCUUUCUCAUAGCGACAGUGUCCAAAGCUGAGAAGAGAACUGGGAAUUCUUAAGUCUGUGGAUUAAUUUCUUUCAUUAUGGUUGUCUUUAUUUUUGGAAGUAAAAGGGGUAAAAUUUUUCUGUGGAAACAUGACUUUUUUCAAUUUUAUGGGUCAUAGGGUGAUCUUUGACUUUCAACUGGAAGCAAAGAUGUUAAUGUGGUAUAUCACUUUAUCAUCGAUAUCCUUUAUUCUAGGUGUCAAGGAAUGCUCUGAGUCAUAUGAAGAAGAUGACAUGGUACCGGAUAGUCAAAUGAUGGAGAAGGGUUAUCCUGAGUCUCGAACACCCUUACCAGCUAGAGGAGUAGAGCAGCCUGCAGAUCCAACAAUACAAAAGCUGGCUCAUCAGAUGCAGCUUGCUGGUGAUGCUCUUACAAGUCAAUAUGGAAGGCAUGUGACGGUAUGAACAAAUGUAAUGCUUUCCACAUAUUUGUAUAACAUGUAGUUUAAUUACAUUGCGUGGAAGAUAUUUUAAUAUGUAAUGGUUCAAUCAAAUCCUCGCUUUUAAUGUUAUUUUUUUUUCAUUUUGGGGUUAUGACAAUCAGGGUGCUGUAUGAUCAGCAAGGUUUUCUUGGGAGAAGUAGCUGUACUUACAAAAGCUUUGGAUAAUUAUUAUACAUGAGAGUUACUUCAAUCAGAGGUUACCGGUAAUAAUAGAAUUCAAACCAAGGAUUAAAUUGAACCACAUUGUAGUUUCCAAGUCCUUUAGAUUUGUAAGUUGGCGAAAGACCACACAAGUAACAACAGUCCAAUUAAUUAACAAUAUAUUAAUUGGCAAUUAUUGCUAAUUUUUGCUCAGAUUACAUGUAACUAUUAGGAGUGAUAUCAAUCGUUGAGAUACUAAUUCUGGGUUAAGAAAUUAUGGAAGUGCAGAUGGCCUGAGUGGAUUCUUAGCUCAUGGCUAUACCCCCUAACUUAAGAUAAUCAUAGAAGUGCUGACAUACCGCAUUUAUUUGACUGUAAGAUGAGUAGAAUCAGCAUGAACAAGAAUGAAAAAGAAAUAAAAAACACCCGCCUUUAAGCCGAGACCCAUUUAUUACAAGACUUUUAACUACGGGAAAACCUAACAUUAAUAUUUUGAAAAAAAUGUGACCUGCUCCAGGAAAGCGUACACUUAUGCUUUUCUGUUAAACGGGCAAAAACUAACAGCUGAUGAACGGCAUGUUAAGAUUGAGCCUUUCAAAGUGUUGUAAUGGUUUGAUUAAUGCUGUUAACAGGUGAACGAAAAUUUCUGAUGGCUUUUGAAAGUGUUCAAAUGAAUUGCCUUGAUUUUCUUGAGGGUUUGCUUGACGGGUUGACUAAACAACAUAAAUGGCUUACAUGAUCAAAGUUUUCGACAAUAUAUUGUUGUUUGGGUUUUUCACUGCUAUUAAUCUUUCUUUGUGUCUUCAUUGUAUUAAAAUGGUCCCAGAAAUUGCCUUUUAGUCAAAAUAAACCACAGCAAUUUGUGUAAAAAUCACCUUGCUUAUAGCCAAAUAAAUAUGGUAUUCCUUGUUUACAUGUUAGAAUGACACGAUCACUCUUUUGCUUUGAUAGGGAGUCCAGAGUCAUUUAGUCUCAUUUGUUCUGGAGAAUGCUGCUUCUUUGACGUACGAUAGGCUGAGUCAAGAGAUUGAUAACAUGGUGGGCAGAGAUAGGAAUUGGUCAAACUUUGUCAUGGCAAUGUGUCUCAGCAAACGGGUUGCUGAGGAAACAGCGAGAGCUUGUGGAGCAGUCACCGAUUACUUCAAACGCUACAUAAGUCAGUCAUAUAGUCGGGCAAUGCAACAAGCUGGAGGAAUGGUAGGAUCUUGCUUCAUAAUUUACUGUACAUCAUAUAAUUAUGUGAUUUUUAAGGUGGCUCAAGUGGAUUUUUUAGGGUGGAUACCUCCCAAGUUUGAGCAUUAACUACGUCGGCAUGAGUAAAGAUAUGGGAAAAAGGUUACCAUAACUGUAUUGUAUAAAGAUGAAAAUUUCCUUGAUUGUUGAGAGAAUUUGAUAUCUGAUCAAAGUAUUUUUCCUUUUGGCAUCAUUUUAUUAAUCCUCAUAACCUUUUCUCUUGAUUCUGCCAUGGUAACUUGCAAAAUUCCUGGAUGACAACAAUAAGGUGCUUAAGCAACAACGAAGGCGACAGCAACCAGAAUGGCAAAAAAGCAAUGGGUUUAUAUAAGCAAAACAACAACUUUUGAAUGUUCAUCACAUUUUUUUGUCCAUUUCAUAGCUGUUGUUGCUUGACUGCGACAUAAAACUUCCUUAUUUCAUGCGCCGGCCUUAGGGAGUAAGUGAACUCAACACAAAAAUUUUAUUUUUCUUUUGUUAAACUUAGAUACAGUCCUUACAGAUUUAGCCCCAGAAAAUUUCGCCAACAUUUGACAAAUUAAAUGAAUUGAAUGAGAACGAUGAAGUUUGAAAUAGUAGGAAUUCACUUUUUAAGUUACGUUGUCAGUUUGUUGUCAUCCAGAAAUUUUGCUACCAUGGCAACAUGACGUAACUACUUCUCCUCUCUAUUGCUGGGAGAUAAUUGAUGGUAGUCACUCUUGAGACCUAAAGGGUUAACAAUUUCCUUAUUCACCACUAAUAGAGGCACUUAACUUGCAAACACUGAACAUUGAUAUUUUCUUUUCUUUUAGGCACCAUUUGUAGAAUCCAGAGGUCGCCGCCAAUAAAAUUCAGGCAAGGCACGGUUAACCCAGCAAGUCAGAAAGACAUCUUCUGGAAAUCAAUAUUGUAUUUCAACCAGAGUGUUAGCUCAGUGCUUGAUAUGUUCAGUGGGAGCUCAUAUAAAAAAAUGCCAUGUAAUUAAAUUCUCCUUCUUCGUUAUUAUUGUCACUGAAAUACUGGCAGUUAACCUUUUUGGUUUGUAUGUUUUAUGUUCCCAAAUAUUCAGACCAUGUGAUGCUCUCAAGAGAAUUUGUCUUCUGUUUUUUUUAUAAGUUUGCACACAUAGAUGUAUGCAUGAUUUGGAUUAAUGAUGAAAUAGGAUUGAAACAGCUCUCUGGGGUAACUUCAUGUGAUCUAAAAUGGUAAAACAAAACAGGCAAGCUAAAAAGGUCUAUUGUUCCAAGAACCCCGACCUUCUAAGUUAAUCAACUUUAAUCAUAUCUGUCAGUGCAGAGUUUGUAGCUUUUAAAUUGGGAUUGCUAUCAUCAGUAAGUAUUUUGAAAGCCUUAAAAAUCUUAUUUUAUAAUCUCUUCAAGAAUAAGUUCUUGUAAGGGUCGAGCACUUGCUCUUUAACUUUAAAAUUAAACUUAGAAGUUGUGCCAUAAAAUUCUCUAUUUCAACACCCCACUCAAUGUGCAGUAUAAAUUAUGAUUUAUUAAUUAAUGCCUUGCACUCGGAAGAGUGCCUAAGUGGUGAACAGAAUAUUGAUCUUCUACAAUGCUUCACCUUACUGUCAGGAUAUCAUAAUUAGUGGGUAAAAAUUUUUUGGUUUCUGUUGAGGUGUUCUACAAAGCUGAGUUGUUCAAAGCACUGUUUGUGAGUCAGCAAAUACAGUUUGUGAGGAUUAUUACCAUAACACAGGGCUGUCUCUAAGGGGUGGGGCCCAGGGAUUUUUCCUGUCUACUAUGAGGAUGAUCCUUAGAUACUUUAAUAGGAAACAAAGAAAAAUAGAACCAAAAGAAUUUUCAUAGCUCAUCAAUUCCUUUCUAGUAACUGCAUAUACCUGGCAACAAGAAAUCUUAGAGACAGCCCUGGUAACAACUCAUUUUCCAAUAUUAGUGCUAAUCUCACUUCAAUCUCAUGGACCUAAUGGGCUAACUCAGUGUUGUAUCCAAUGCAAAUUUCCCGGGGUUAAGAUUCUUUGUGUAUUGUAUUUGCAUUAUAACGUGGCAUUCACAUUUAAAUGAUAUGGAAAUUCCUAAAACUAAACGUUUUAUUCCCAAAGGGUUUGAAUUUGGUACAACAUUGAGUUAGCUGAAUAGGUCUAUCCCAGGCCCUUGGUUUUCAAAAGAUGGAUAGCGGAAGUGUUGUUCAGAAGGUGAAUAAUGCAAUUAGUUUCCCAAAUAAUUAACCGCUGGAUGAUGAUUUAUCCGGUGGAUAGUGUUAUCCAAGGUUUGAACAACCAGGGCCUGGAUAGCUCAAUGGUUCCCUAAUAUUUAUCCAGUGGACUGUGACUUAUCCUGUGGAGUAGAGGCUCUCCAACGUUUGAACAAUAGGACCAGAUGUGCAAGAAGAAAUGAUGUAUUUUCCAAUCAGUUUCCAUUUAUUUUUUUUUGUAAUAUUUGCUUCUGCUUUACCCUCUCCAAGAGAGAUAUAUGCAUUUGAUGAAAGUGGUAGUCUUUUGUGGUAUGAAUCGAGUUCUUUUCUGCCACUGUACUCUUAUUUGGUUUCCAGGUUCUCUGUGAAAGAAGAAAAAAGAAACUGGAAACAAUGAAAAAGGACUGUUAGAUUUAAUGCAUUUCAGGUAUUCUUGUGUGCGAGGCCUGGAUAAGAGUAAAUUCGUACCUUUUAUAAUCAAAUGAUAAAAAAAGAAAUAAAGUAUUUGAAUGCUUCUUAAUUUUUUAAAUGAUGUGUGAAGAAGGGAAGUUGAUUAUAAGAAAGUUAAAAUACAACAGCUGGGGUCACUUUAAUAAAACUUUUACAAGUGUAGCUAUUGUUCUCAGACUCUAAAACAAUGGCUACAGUUCUAAAUUACACGUGUAAAAGUUUGAUUAAAUUGAUUCCAGGAUACAGUCUGUACCACUUAAUAGCAGUGUGUGUUAAGAUCUUGGGGGGUGGGGGUGGGGAGGUACUCCCUAUAAUGGCCUAUACGGGGAGGCUCCACCCGAAGAAAGGGUGUCACUUUCAAACAUAUUAGGUGGCGAAAGUGAAAAAUUCAUUUAAAUUCCAAAUCCCUUUUUGUAAAAUCAUAAGAUUUAAACAGUACUGUUCAAAAUUUCUGCCAAAGAGGUUUUAUUUGAAUGGUAACACCACAGCUUUUCAUCCAAAAGUGAAAAAUAUUAUUGCGAUCGAGUGGUUUGUUGCACUAGUGUUCCUAGGAAUACAGCCGUCUUACAGAUGUUACACGCGUGUCACGAAACGUGCCAGUGACAGGGAGUGAUGAGAAGCGGCUGUAUUCGCAGGGUUGGCACUUACCAAUUGCAGGUUCUUCCUUGCUUGGUUUUCCUGUGUACCCCUGGUCGGGGCGUUCCUGUUCGGCACGUCAGAUUUACAAUGCGGACGCCUAGCAGUUAAGAAGAGUGCCAGAUGUUCUGAGAAAUUCCACUUUUGAUCAUAAAACAACCAAAUGCCAAAUCAGGUGAAAACUGAUUAAUUGGUGUUUCAACAUUUUUUUUCCGUUUUUAGAAAAACUACUCUUCUAACUGCCAGGCGCCGAUUGGCUCUUUGCAGACGUCCGCCAAAACAGUUUUUUGCUGGAAAUCAUUAGAUCUAAAAAUAAAUUGCAACGGGAAAGGCUUGACUCAAGGUUAUAGCACAUAUGGAGGCUCCGGGUGAACGGCUUCUGUAACUGCGUGAAAAACGGUAACCGCUGAACUUUGAAAGGAGAGAUAGAGUAGGGUUACCCCUGGUGUGCAAUAAAGAAUUGAAUUGAAUUGAAUUGGGGUUACCUCUCCCCAGCUGUCAAUUUGUCUGCUGUUGCAUUCAAGUGCGGUCGCGUUGAUCACCUUUUACUUACUCAUUAUUCGAGUACUUCAGGGGGGCAAUUUGGUUGCUUAUUGGGGGAAAUGGGGUUCAAUUGAGAUUGAAAGAGAAAAGGUAUGCACAUGAGUUCAGGGGCACCUUGUUAUGGUAGUGGACUAUUUAGUGUUUGGCCCAGGGGCGGAUCUAGGGGGAGGGUGCAGGGGGUGCGCACUCCCCCCCCCCCCCUGAGAUGACCUCCGGUUUUCUAAUACAACUGGUAUUCCGCCAAAAAAAAAAAACUAUGUGGUUUAUUGGUGUUGAAGUAGAGCAGGAGACGAGUGCACCCUCUCCUAAAAAAAAUCCUGGAUCCGCCCCUGUGGCCACUUAUACUACUACAUGAUAAAUUUCUACAAUUUUAUUGUGUUAGAGCAGUGGUAUUUCAGCUUAAAUUGAAAUACCUACAUGAGAAAAUUACAAACCUUUUGCGGGUAGUAGUAUAAAUAAUAGCAUGAUUUGUUCGUGAUAUUUGGCAUAAAUACCACUCGUGAUAUUUCCAAAUUGUCUCAAAUUUCAAAAUAUCACUCGUGGUAUUUAUGCCAAAUAUCACUACAAAUCAUGCUAUUACCUAUACUCAGUGAUUCUUAUUCCUUCAGUCAUAUUUCAAUUUUUUUUUCACAACCCCUACAUCCAAAAUUUUUCAAUUUUACAUAAUUUUAAAUUUCUCCCCCUAAUUUUUAUUCAUUAAAACAAUGAAAAAAUCGUCCAAAAAUCCUCAUUUAUUGAAGCAAUGACUCUUAUCCUGUUGGGCCAUUUUUUGAUUGAAUGAAAUCUUCGCAAGAUUUGAACAGAACGGGCUGAAAUCUUUUGAGCAGGGGGCUCUUUUUUGGGUACAAGCUUUCGGGGGGUGGAUAUCUAGGAUAGUUUGGGUCUCCAAAUUUAUGAUUGUUCUAAAAAACAUCUCCCCAAAAUUGAUCCAACCAAACGUUCUAGAAAUGGGCCAGUUUUUAUACCCCUGUUCUAGAAGUCGCCCUAAAACUGAUUCCCCUAGUUCUAGAAAUGGGCCAAUUUUUUAUAAUCCGUUCUAGAAAGUUUGUAAAUUGAAAUAGCCCUGUUUUUUCUUUCUUUGUUCGACUUAUACAUCAAAGAAAUGUUUCUUCAUAAUCAGCAAAAUUUUAAACAGAAGAUAAAUCAGUAAUCCACAAGUUUUUUUAUACUCCAUUCCUAAAAACACCUUUAUUUAAAAAGAGUUUUGGUUCGAAAGGGUUCUUCGUUUUGCGAUAGAGGACGUUUGAAUUUCUAGGCUUUUGCGUGACGCGGCAUUUAGCUGGCGGCCACAACGGUUCUUAUGUGGGUUAAAAACAUUACCAAUUUUGGGAGAUUUUGCUGUCUAAACAUUCUUUGUCUCAGAAUAAAUAUCACUUUAAUAGUUUAUGAGUUUUUCAAGCGAUGAAUUAACGCAUUAGUAGGAAAAAUCAAAAACAGAUGUUUCUGUUGGUUUCCGGCGGCCAUAUUUGUGCCCCGCAAAGGGACACAAACAUGGCGUCGCCAUACAAAGCUUUGUAAAUUUGGGUAAAACGUUUUUCCUAAUAUCUCGCAUAUGAAAUAUCGCACAGACCUGAUUCUUGGCGAGGCCUUUUGCUUAUUUAUCUUCUUUUAUUUCCUAGAUUCGGGACUUUCUGUAUUGAAUGGUUUGCAAUUUUAUUUUUGAUUGCGUGACAGUGAAAACCGAGAAUAUGUAUGAUAACUGAAACAGGUUUCAAAUUCUCGUGGAACAUCACGUGGUCUAAAUUGGGAACUUUCCCUGAAGCUAUCAGGGGCAGUGCUAACAAAAUGCAUUGCUCCUUGAAAAUCGACAAAGGAAAGCUCUUAGGAUGACUUGGGAAAUCUAACGGAUAAGCUUAUCAAUGAAGUCCACAAAGCCUUGUUGCUAAAGGUUAUACUAUGCAGGUACAAGAAGGGCAGACGUUUUCCUCAAUGUUUGGGGAAAACGGUUCAAAAACCAUAAAAAGAACUCUAUAAGAUGUUUUCGUGUUACAAAUUUUUUUUUUCACAUGAUCGAAAUGAUAACUUGUUUAACAGAAAUAUGUCGGAAAAAUAUCAUUUCUGUGGCAAGAGUAAAGUCUUAAGGCGGGAACUGAGAGUCUUUGUUAGUGAAUUUCUAACAAGAAAACUAGUGUCAACUUUGUCGCCGGAGUUUGUUUUGUUAUUUACGCACAAAAAAAUUGAAUAGUCUAAAUAUAAGACCUGCUUGACAAAAUCCCAUUGAAAGUGUGAUAACCUGUUGACAGUAAACAUGCUCUAAAACAGAUACACAGUAAAAUGCACACAGAGCGGAAAUAACAAACCAUAAAAGUACAAGGAAAAUUUCCCCUUCUUUUCUCUGUGUGUUACUACUUAAAUGAACAGUGAAAAGGAAAACAACUAACUGCUAAAUCGUUUCAGGCGUUGAACCAAAAAGAUUCAGGCGACGCUACGUCAAAUCUUGAGAGUCAAAAGGCUCAUUCAAAACCACCUGUUGGACAGGGCGUGGUCCACACGUUACAACAAGAUACAAAAUACAUGUCCACCCCGAUUUUAUCGCACUGCUUUGGAAUUUAGUUUAUGAAAAAAGCACAUAUUUAAAGGUCCAUCUGUAUUUUUAUAAAUGAGAAAUUCUAUUCAAAUCAGUGAAUCGAGGCUGUUAUAAGCUGUUCAUUGUCGCUGAUGCCCUGAAAGCAGAAAACAUAACAUUGGUAGUAUGAAUUAUUAAUACACGAUCCUCGGUACGAAGCUAAUUAAAUUUUAAGCAACGCUGGUUUGCUUAAUGGAAUUCUGCCUGAUAGUCCAGAAAGCUGUUAUUCUUUAAUAAUCCAAGAACUAAGUAUUAGUCGGGAAGCACUCAUCAAGCGAAAACUUAAUUUUCUCACUCUGGCUUUGAGGAGAUUACUUUGACUUCAAACUCAACAACAACUAUCACAGCUCACAAGGAGACAGACAAGCCUGAUCUUUGAAUAUCCUGCAAGAUCACAUUUAUUAUUGCCCACGUAAUUAUUUUGCUGUCGGCAACGCUGGUAAGAAUUAUUUCUAUAUAUAAACACGUACAAGCUAAAAAUACCAAUUUUAAACAUGGUUAAUCGCUAAGCUCUCGUUUUAAAAACGACACAAAUUCGCUUAUUUGAGUCGAAGGACUAGCGUAAUUAUAUCAAUUAUAUCGUCUUUUUUCAGUGAGGAAGUUUCAUCUAGCUAUACAGUUAUCUCACAACAAAAUGCCGUCAAUGUUAAUGUAAUCAUAUAUUUAUAAACAGACGAUUUUGCUUUUACAGUUAGCGCUUUAAGUUCUUUUUAUUUUUCACCUGCAAGUUUUUCUGAGUUUUUCGUCGUACUGUAGGUCGAAAAAAAGGCAGUUUUUUCGUCUCCAAAAAAAAAACAAAAUUUUCCUUAAUGUUUAAAUUUACGAGCUAAGAAAACUUGUCGAUGAAACUUGUUUCUAGUAUAAAUGAUUUUUGUUAUAUCGGUGUUUAACAUUUGGUUAUUGCAAAUACACCGAAACUCCCUACGUUGUUGUGGAAGGAAAACCAGUACCAAAGUAUUCAAAGAUUCUAGUUGAACGCAGUUAUUUUAUUAAGCCUUUCCAGAAUCUAAGGUUGGCUUGUCCAGUCUGUACCUGUUAUGAACCAGCGUUAACACAAAAAUCCGUAUACGUGCCAUUUGAAUGCCAUUGUGAACAGCAUCUGCCUGAAGAGGGUCGAUAUGAACGGCAUACUAGAAAGUGACUAAUUAUGAUUUUCUAUAUCUGUCCGGAGUAGUUUCAUCAUAAGGAUUUCCCUGGUUGUAAGUACUGCCAAUGGUAAUUUUGGCUUUCAGAUCUUUUAAAUUGCACUCAAUACACCAAGCCUCUGCCUGCCUCGCCAAGGAAAAUUUGUGUUCACUCAACAAGUACAACUCUUCGUAAUGUUUCACGUGCGACAGGUACUACGGCCUAAACGCCUAUGAAAUCCGGUUUUAAUAUCUUCUUGAGUUUUGAAGUUUGUGGUUAAGUUUUAAAUUCUUUUCCCCUAGACUCAGUCCCCUGCCCCCCCCUUCCGAUGGGGACGGUGGCGAAUUAACUUUGGCGCUACCGUUAAUUAUGCCAUGGUUUAUUCUUUGUAAACCAUAGGCAAGGAGAGAAACAAAUUCUAACUUGCUCGAUUAUCCAUUUCCUUUGGUUUAACUGCGCUGGAGUUGUCUGUCUUGAUAGCUGACAAGGCUUAUUUCAUUUGUUUUUGUCUUUAUUGCACCAAUCCUUUUUCACGUUAAUAACCAUAAAAUUAUACAGUCGUACAAACCCUAGCCAAAGGUUGAUGUAAACAGCUGGCUUAACCGAUUUUUAUACCAUUCUGAAAUUGUUUUAUUGGGCUUUGUCACGCGCUCCUCCUCUACAUGAGCUGUCACGCAAUUUAGGAAAUUGGCUGCGAAUUACAAUUACUUUAAAACUGAGAGAACCAUAUUACACAUCCGGUACAAAAGAGGGCACAGAUUUCACAAAAUUUAGAAGAUAAACGCUGAAUUUUUUGUCUCUCAGAAGAAAUUUUAAGUUUCGUAGCAGCGAUUAAUAUAAAGGGCAACCACUAAAAGAAAUUGAUUUUAACUACCGUGACACAGUCUCCUUUCCGCAUUUUUUCGGCCUGUUAGCUCUUGUUCUGAAAGUUCAGCAUCAUCUUUAAGUAGAAACAAUAUAUAUUUGCAGUAAGAGCAGUGGAGUAAACUACAAAUUGUAAAUAGGCCUGAAACGAAGAGAAGUGGCACUGAGCUAGACUUUUAAUCAAUGUACGUGUGAUGGUGCAUGGAGGGAGGUAAUGCCGUGACUAACCUCUCGCGAGGUUAUUAGGUGUUUCCCUUUCCAGCAAUACUACAUUCAAUUUGCUGAAUCAUUCCCUAAAUUCAAAAUCACACGCAUUUCUUUAUGGAAAUUAAUUAAGGGGAAAAAAUAAACAGAAAUGAACACACAUGUUCAUAUGAUAAAGACCGAGUGACGGUUAAUAUAGAUACAGCGAAAAAACUGAACCGAACACAACGAAUAAUCCCUGCUGGACCCGGGGGGAAAUGCUCCAGAAAGUUUUGGGUGGAUAUGUGUCUCAUAGGCCCCAACUGAUACCCCGUUUUCCAUUCAGAAUGAUACACCAUUCCCAAAAAUAAACCGCUUCCUAGUGUUAUGUUCUUUAUAUUCUUUUUCAACCGCUGAUAUUUCACAACUACCAUGCACUGGAAAUGCUAUUUCUCGUUCUAAGAUGAGGAAACGUCUCGAAUUGUGGUACACACGGGUAUAGCUAAGGUAGUCUGUGGAGCCCCAUACCCCCUCCCUUACUUUGCCAGGUCAUGACUUCUUACACGAGCUUGUGGGAGAACGUCAUAUGACUUUCACUUAUCACAUGAUUAGCAGAAUCGUUUGCGUGUAAGCGCAUCACAGAAAUGCAGAAAUUUAUAUUUCAUUUCGUUCUUUGAUUGACGAACGUAUUUUUUAAAGCGGUUAAAACGAAGACAGACGUGGUCGACACAAGGGCGAUCGCGAGUACCACUAAUAUAAACGAAAUUCUGAUUGGUCUAUUCUGCGUCACAGGUUCUUUCCAGCAUUUCUAUUGGACGGUAUAAAAGCUUGUGAUAGAGGCGGGAAAGAAAAGCAACCAGCCUUGACAGAAUAAACUUCGCGCAAAGUUGAAGUGGAAGCGCUGCAUGGAAAAACCUCACAGGUAUGUAGUUACUAUGCACUCUGGCGGUAAAAUCUUGGCUUUGUACGCGUUACGAGUACGAAAGAACUGUCACGAUUUCGUGUUCUGGAGGACAGUUAUCAUAAUAUCCUUGAAAAGUUUCUUUGUUGUGGAAAACAACCGGCAAGGCAGCCGGCAAGCCGGUCGAAAGCCGGAGAGUUCUUUCAGAUAAACUUAAGUCUUUUGAUGAACUUUGAAAAUUUUUAAUAUUUAAUGUUGCUUUACUCUGUCCAGUUUAACUUCCUUCAAUGGUAAAAAUCUGUGUGUAGGUAAUUUUAGGUCAGACGUAGGAAAAACUGUAUGAGGUUAACGUAUAUUUUUUAUAUCAAGCUCAAAACAAUUUUUUUUUCGGCGGAUGGUGGGAAAUUUACGGAAAGAAAGCAUGUUUUCGAAACAUUGCAUGGAGUUAAGUCAAUAUUUAUCAAUCAAAUUUAACUAGUUUCCUGAACCAAUUUAAUUUUCAAGUUUCUCGCGGAUUACUUCCGUGGAGAAGAAAUCUCUUAGUUUAAUUAAUUAUUAAGUUUAUCAAACUGAUUUUUACUAACUCGGGGAAAUCUGUUCAGGAAUCGAAACGAGUGGAACGGUCACAGUACAAACAAAGCUGUGUGAGCUAACUUUAAAAUUUUGAAUUAAGCUCAAGUGAAAAAUAUUUCAAUAUUGUAUGUCCUCGGAUAAGUAAACUUGUUGGAAAAAAUGAAACUAAUACAUUCUUGACAUAGCUUUAGUUAUUUAUUGGCUCAAAAUUAAGUUUCAGAAACACGGCUUGUUUUCACUAUAUUUUAGCUGCCCUCGCAGUUUGAUUUCAUUUUCAUUAGUUCGAAGAUAAGACUUAUAUGAACUGAAUUAGUUUUCCUUUCAAUUUGACUUUACUAAUUCAACCUUAGGAGGCAACAUAAAUUCAUUGUGAAGUUAUUUAUAUCCAUAUAACAAACGUAUAUUUGUGACUUCGUGUAUUAAAUAUUUUAUUAGUUUACUCUGUAACUUAAAUAUAUAAUUAAAAAAUCAGUAAAUAUCAGUUUCUUUUUCGUAGUAUUUUUAUAAGGAAGUUAAAUUUGGACUUGCAACUAUGAGGUAUAAGUUUUAUUUAUCGUUUUUCCUCGGACUAAAGCGAGCUAAGAACAAAAAAGACGUCACAUUACAUAAGUUGCAGAUUCAAAGAAAAAUUAGAAAAAAAAUUUGCUUCAUAUUAUGAAUAUUAAUGAGGAACUUCAUCUAGCUGAGCUUUUCAAUAUGUUCAAACGUCAUGAAAAGUGUUUAUUAGCUUCCAUUUUGGACCUAUGGAAAUGCAGUUUAUUGAUUUGAUAUCUUGUAUAACAAAUGAAGGGAUUGAAGCCAGCAUGCAUAUUGCGAACAUAUUUUGAAAUUCAGGCUGCUAAAUUUACUGCCACUACAUCCUAAAACUCGUAUUGUUAACCCAUUCCCACUGGAAAUGUUUCCACUAAAACAAAGUCGUUUGAAACUUGAUUGGAGUGUCAAUGCCAUCGUCGCUUCAGAAUGUCUAAAAUCGUCGUUUCAUCAUUCGCAAUCGUCUGAUCGUAAAAUGCUCAUACAGAGUCUGAAACUUAGAACCACACACAAGACUUCUUUAAACUCGCUUCGGGAGGAGGAAAGUGUUGAAAGUAGCUGAAGUUGAAAGCUAGCAUAUUAGUAAGAUUAAGCGACGAGAACGCCGACGUCUCGGACGUCAUGAACAGCAACCUGAAGUUGGAUGUCUUGCUUGAUGGAACACUUUUGUCUCACACCAGAAUUUAAAUGCCUUUGUUUUAACUCUGAGCACUGAAAGAGAGAAAAUAUCUACUUCCGGUUGCCAUCUUUGCCGUCCGAGACGUCAACGUCCACGUUCUCAUUGCUGCUUGCGCUUAAGGUCUCUAAUUAUUAAUGUUGAAUGAAUGUGUGUUAAGUUUUUCAGCUAAGCUUCUCAAUGGGGCCAUCGCUGGUGUGGUGGGCGUUAGCUGUGUCUUCCCCUUGGACCUUGCUAAAACAAGGCUGCAGGAUCAGAGAAAUCUUGGAACUCAAAAGCAAUACAAGCAUUUGUAAGUACCCUUUUUUACUUGUCGAUAUCACUAAUUUUUCCAUUUUUUUCAAUGUUUACACUGUGUUUAAUUUUAGAGUGGACUGUUUGUGGAAAGUGACAAGAGCGGAAGGGAUACAGGGUCUUUACAAAGGUAAAAGGAAAAAAGGUUAACAAGUUUUAAUUUUGUGGCCUCAGUUCCUGGUAAAUGUUCUGGAAUGACUUUUUUCUUGUUUGUUUUUAUGUUAGGAAUGGGAGUGAAUCUAUUGCUUAUUAACCCAGAAAAAGCAAUAAAACUCGCUGUAAAUGAUCAAGUCAGGCAAAUGUACGGUGGUAAAAGGUAACUUCAAUCACUUUUGCAUGUUUUUGGUAAAUAACCUAAACAUUUCUUUGUUUGUUAAAAUUAUGCUCAAUUAGUAUCUCAUAAGCUUUUGUUUGGCUCGUAGCAUAUUUAAUGUUGUGGAAACUGACGCUUAAACAGGCUCCAUUUUCGUUAAUUCCUUUAAAACAGGUUUUCUUUUUUUUUCUUUAAGGCACACACUACCCUUAUCCAAAGAAAUGAUAGCUGGUGGAGUAGCUGGGUUUUGUCAGGUCUGCUUCGUUUUACUUCUAAAAGACGCAUUUUAAUACUGUCUGUGGUCCAGAUUCAAUUUCUAACUAUAACUAACUUUUUUUCGUGGUAACAGGUGAUUGUAACAACACCAAUGGAAAUGCUUAAAAUACAACUUCAAAUGGCAGGCACACAAAUCUCAGGUAAAUGUCUUGCUUGAAAAGGGGCGUCAACAGAAUCUGGGUGGAAGCGAAUCGGAUCAACCUCGAUCUGUAGCACACUAAAUGAAAAAAAAAGUUAGGGAUAGGGAGGAUUGACCCGAUCGAGUUCGAUCGAGGUUUUGUCAACGGCCUGUGAAAAAAUCUAUCAUCAGUAGUACAGAGCGCACCGCUAGGCCUCUUUUUUCAGCAGGAAUCUCAUUAAGGAGGGAGGAAUACAUUAACGCCGAUGAUGUCAUAGCCUUUCUCUCUAUCUGGUAAAUAAAAUGUGGGGGAGUCUCAUUCAAAUGAGGUCAUGUGGUUUAACCCGUUUUGAUUGGCGGACUAGCAAAAGUACUCAUUGGUUGAUUCAUCUUGUGAAAGGAAUAAGCGCUAACUCGCUUGUGCCUGUGAUAUAAACGUUACUGAGUCGUAACGUACUUAUGCAAGUUCUAUUUCCUGCCGUUUCUAUUGUACAUCGCAAACAAUAAAUAUGUAAAUCACCCGUACGAGUAGCCGUAACAACGGGUAGAUUGCCUCUUACCCCGGAGAAACGGCUAGGCUACCCGGUAGAAAGCUAACGCCCUGAUCACUUCUUGGAAAUUCCUUAAUAUCCUGCAGCUUUCUUCGAUCUGUUUAAUUCGUCAUAACAUAUUCAGCCUCAACCAAUGAUUUUUAAUUACCUUGCUUAUAGCGAGUCCUAGAGUUGCCAAAACCUCCUCUGCAGUGGCAGCCGCCAGUUCAAAUUUAAGAACGUUCGGCACCAACUCAAGUACACCCCCUAAAUCUGCGGCGAGAAUAGCACAGGAUCUAAUGAGAAGCAAAGGCAUCGGUGGAUUGUACAAAGGACUUGGAGCCACAUUAGCAAGGUGAACGAAACACUUUAUAAUUUACCUUAACUGCUUGCAAAGUUCUGCUAAUGCGCUUUGAUAAACUCAUUGAUCUUCCAUUGGCCUUCCAUUUUCAGGGACGUUCCUUUUUCCUGUAUCUACUUUCCACUAUUUGCCUUUUUCCGGCUUGAGGUUAGUGUCUUUGGCAGGAAAACUGUCAAUAAUUUAAUGAACUCCACGUUUUCUCAUUUUCCUGGAUUUUAUUCAAUUUUGCGGGGGAACCUCAAGAGUAAAUUAAUAAUUACGCAGCCAUCAACUAACAGAAUGCAUCUUUUUAGCCUGUGAAAGGCUGCUAAAAACAACUUGUAUGAUAUUGAUGGUUUUCCCUCACUGGGCAGUGGCGGAUACAGCCCUAGUGAUAAGGGGGGCGGCCAUUCAGACCCUGAGAUAAGGGGGAGGGGGUCAGUCUCACAUUAAUAUUUUUUCGGCCCUUUGGGCCUCAGUUUGGUCUAAAAAUAAACGGGAGGGGGGGCCUCCCCUGGAUCCGCCGCUGCUUAUUCAGCAGCUAUGUAAAUUUCUUGUAAUGAACGAAAGAGUUUAAUUCCCCCGAAUUUUCUGUUAUCCCAACAUGGCCCUCGUGUCCCCUUUUGUGAAAACGAUCUUAAUUGUUUUUCUUUAUUUCUUUAACAAAGUUUUUAAUAAAAGUUAACUAUAAAUUCUCGUGAAAUGCACGCAAUGAGGCUUACUGAUCAUCAUUAAAAAGACGUAUUGAUAAAGCCACUUUCUGUUUAGAUGAAGCCCGGUGGCGAUCAUAGUGAAAAUCCAGGACCCCUGCACUGUAUGAUGGCUGGCUGCUUGGCAGGUAAGUUUUCUAAUUCUCAUGGGCCUUUAAAUGACCUACUCACGUGAUGAUACAAAGAACGGUAGGAGGCUAGCAUCGUACAGUCUGGCCAUUAUUGAAAACCAAUCUCUAGUAGGUUUUAUUAAGUCUAGGAUAUCAAGUCCCUCGCUAAUACUAUUAACUGCCCACCGGUUUUGAUCACUUUUCCCAUGACAUUAAUGAUCACCAUCAAAGUCUUUUCCUCAAGUAGGGUUCGAGAUGGCAUCAAAUGACUGAGAGGGAAUCGGCCUGUGUUUGAAGUCCUUGACCUUCAUCUUCCCUCCCAUCCCCCCCCCCCGCCCCCUCUUAAGCGUAAAGAAAGUAGUUUAUCUGCUGCUGGAGUUUAGCCUUCCAGCAAACUCUCCAUUUGGGAGAUAUCGUGAAAUGUUAAGUGCGAGCGUCAAAGCGCCAGGAGCGGCCCUGCUGGCUUUGCCGCGUACUCGUGCAAUAUUGUGCGAAUCGCUUUCCUUGCCAAUCGAAAAGACAAUCUCGCUCGCAGGCUACUGGAGUUAGAUUGUGUUAAUCAACGCAGAUUCUCUAUGUAUACGUAGGAAUGAUAGGCAGUGUUACAGUGACACCAAUGGACGUAGUAAAGACCAGGCUUCAGGUGAUAAGGAGUGGCCAAGGAGAAGCGAUGUAUACCGGGUUUGUCGACUGCGUACACAAAACCUACUCCAACGAGGGCCUAAGGGCGUUCUAUAAAGGAGCAGUUCCCAGAAUGAUCGUGAUAGCUCCACUGUUUGGAAUAGCUCAGACAGUUUACUUCUUGGGAGUGGCAGAAAGAAUCAUGGGGCUUGAAGUAUGACGGGUCUAAAUGACUAAACAUACUUCGCAGUCUCAAACAUAACUAAUUAAGUAAAGGG